AUGAAGCCACAAGUUGUCCUCUCUCUUGUCUUCUCUUCACUAGUCGCCUCUUCAGCCGCCUCCAUCAUCAAACCACCAGCAGCUCGAGACCAACCAGCCCUCGCUAAUGCCUCGAACAUUGAAACGCCAAUAUCCCAAACCGUAUAUCAACCCAUCACCACCGCGAUACACGAUGUGGCCAGGAGACAAAAUAGCCAGCCCCAAGCAGGAGCAGGAGCAGGAGGAGCACCGGAAUCUGGGGGAGCAGAAGCUGGACCCGGGACCGAAGGACAACAACAACCAGAAAAGCCCAAGCCGACGCAUGAUCCGCUACCAACUCUGGCACCAAGUGAUAGUAAUAGUGGGGGCGGUGGAAAUGGUGGCCAGAUAGGUGCCAUCAUUGGAGGCGUGUUCGCUGGUAUCAUCGGUCUUAUACUUGUGGUAUGUGUGAUCAAGGGGAGAAGGGCGAGGAUGGAGGCGCAGGAGGAGGAUGAUGACGAGUAUGAGAUGAGGAGGCAGAGGAGAAGGGGUAGGAGGUAG